CGUACGUUGUCGAGUUUUUAUUCCACGUUGCCAAUGAAUAUGUUCACCAAGUUUCUAUUCGCCGUCGUCAUCUUGUUCUUCCAACCUAGCUUGGGUUUCAAGAUUCGAGAGAGGCCGUGCAUAAAGUCCAUAUUCAGUUUUGGAGAUUCCAUUGCCGACACCGGCAACCUGAUGCGCGAGGGAGCCAGUGGGCCCUUCUCUACCAUCGCCAAUCUUCCCUACGGCGAGACUACUUUUAACAAGUCCACCGGCCGUUGCUCUGAUGGCCUCCUCAUGAUCGAUUACUUGGCUUUGGCUCUAGAUCUUCCACUUGUUACUCCGUUUCUAGACAAGAAUGGAGACUUCAAAUAUGGAGUUAACUUUGCUGUAGCUGGAGCCACAGUACUUGAUAAAUCUUUCUUUGACAACCAGCAUAUUACAAACCUUUUCACGAGUAGCUCUCUCAAUGUUCAGCUUAGAUGGUUCAAGUCCCAUCUCAACUCCACAUGCUUCUCACGUGCAGAACGCGCAAAGAAGCUUACACAAUCACUCAUUAUGAUGGGAGAGAUCGGAGGCAACGACUAUAACUAUGCCUUCCUCGCAGGAAAAACCAUUCCACAAUUGGAAGACUAUGUUCCUUAUGUCGUGCAAACAAUAGUUAAUGCUACCAAGGAAGUAAUCGAUCUUGGUGCUGCUCAAGUAGUUGUUCCUGGCAAUUUUCCUAUUGGAUGCAUGCCGAUAUACCUUACAGCCUUUGGAUCAAAGAAUCAAGAAGAUUAUGAUGAAAACAAUUGCCUAAAAGACUUGAAUGCCUUUUCACUAUUCCACAAUGCAAAACUUCAAGAAGCCUUGGGAGAUUUAAGGAAAACAUACCCCUAUGUUCACAUCAAAUAUGCGGAUUAUUAUCGUGCAUUCAUGUAUCUUAUUGAAAAUGCCUCCGCACUAGGGUUCGAUGAGUCAUCUUUACUAAAAGCUUGUUGCGGAAGUGGUGGUGAGUAUAAUUUUGAUGUGAAGAAGCAAUGUGGCUUCCCUGGGGUUUCAACAUGCAAAGAUCCAGCAACACAUAUCAGUUGGGAUGGUAUUCACAUGACACAGAAAGCAUACGAGAUCAUGGCAACUACUCUCAUCAGGGCAUUUAAUUAUCCUCAUUAUGGGUUUCAGGAGAAAUGGAAAUGCUUUUAAUUAGUUUGGAUGAAAAUUUUCAUUUGCUGCAGAAAGUUUCAUUCAGCCACAGGACAUACACAUGAACUACCCUUUUUAAUUAGUUUCUCUAACCUUCCAUGUGAUUAGUAGUUUCACUUCAAACUCAGUACGGUUUAUGUUUUGAAAGAUUGUUUAUAAUUUAUUAGUUCUCUGAAGUAAAUUUACG